AUGGUGAAUUUCUGCGCUGUUGCCGGCUGUAGCAGCAAACAUAAAACUGGAAGCGGCAUCUCCUUUCACAGAUUUCCUGAUGUGAGGAAAAAGCCAGCUCUGUGGAAACGCUGGGUUAAGGCUUUGGCUCGGCAAAAUUGGACACCGAGUCACUACACAUACAUCUGUAGCCAACAUUUUGAGAAAUCUUGUUUUCAGGAGUUUCCUACUUCUUUCUAUAGUAACAGUAACAAGAAAAGGAUUUUGCGUCGCAAGUGCCAUAAUUUUUCUCACAAGAAAGGAGUGUUAUAUUAUAAACACCCGAAAUACGGUCUUCUUCGGGUGGUCAGCAAAGAAGAGAAAAAUGAUGUUAUCCGAAGGUUCCACGAACAUCCGACCGGCCAUAGGAAGGAAAGACGAACAUGGGAGCUGCUGUCAACAGAAUAUUAUUGGAUUGGAAUUGUUAAAGAUGUUGCUAGUUUUGUUAAGAAAUGUCAGGUUUGUCAAGCAAAUGAAGCCUUUCGAAAAUCCAAUAAAUGUGCAUGGACCUCUGCUUAUAUUGAAAUUGACGUGGACAACCAAGGUAACCUCAAGAAAUGCCUCUUUCUUUUCUUUACAAACUUUUGCAAUAAAAUGUUUCUUUGUUUUCCUAUGAUCUUAUUGUUUUGA